ACUGGUGUAUGAUGUUUCCAUUUUCAGAAUCUUGAAAUAAUUUCAAUGCCAAAUUGCUAUUUAAAAAGUUUUUUUGAAAAUUACUAAGGUGCCUGACUGUUUGAAGAUCCAGAUACCGAUUCCAAACCCUGAGUGAGUGCUCCGCAAGGCUCAAUGGAUAUUAACACUGACUGGUGUUUGAUAUAAGACAAGUGACAACAACGUACGGUUACCACUAUCAGAUAAUUUAUAACACCUAAUCCAUAGCCACCAAUCAGCAUGGCUGCCUAUGGUAGAGGAUCGUUUGAUGGAUUUUCAUCAUACCAGUCAUCCGGGGGAUAUGCCAAAACAGCUGAUGGUGGAAGUGAACACAGCAGGCUGGCUCAAACAGUUGGGAAUAAUAUACAGAAAAUACAACAAAAUGUUACACAGAUUCAAAAAUUGGUUACCCAGAUAGGAACCAGGGAGGAUUCGGACGAUAUUCGUAAUAGAGUUCACCAAACCACCCACUACACCAAUCAACUGGCGAAGGAAACAAACACAUAUUUGAAAGAAUUGGCUCAUCUACAACCUCCAUCGAACCCUUCAGAACAGAGACAAUGGAAAAUGCAGAAGGAGAGAUUGACAGAAGAGUUCAGUGAUGCCUUGAAGAACUUCCAGACAACACAGCGCACAGCGGCUGAGAAGGAAAAAGCUAGCAUGGCACGCGCAAGAGCACAUUCCACUGUGGAAAGGUCACCUUUCAUGGAUGAAAUCCCACCUCCGCCAGAACAAGACUUGAUGGGUACUCCAGGUUUCUCUCAGACAAAAGCAGUCCUUCAAAUGGAGCAAGACAUUGACCUUGAUGGUUUGAGAGAAAGAGAAGAAGCCAUUAAAAAAUUAGAGAGUGAUAUCAUGGACGUAAAUCAAAUAUUUAAAGACUUAGGAAUGCUGGUACAUGAACAGGGUGAAGUUUUAGAUUGUAUAGAAGCCAAUAUAGAAAGUACCCAGAUACAUGUGGAGGAAGGAACUUCACAGCUCAGUAAAGCCCGGGACUAUCAGUCAAAGGCACGGUGGAAGAAAUGUUGUUGCAUCAUCGUACUCAUAGUCAUUCUCAUUAUUGUUGCAAUCAUUAUUACUAUAAUUGUGACUCAGACCCAAAGUAGUAAAUAAAGGGCAAGUCCCGACGGAAGAAGUGUAUAAUUCUGAUAAUUCUACUUAUUGUGAUCGUCAUAUUAAGUCUGAUAAUCUGGGGAUCCACUAGAUAAUCAGCAGAGGUCACUCCUGAUCUACGAGAUUCUGUGGUUGAACCAGGACAUACGAUUAUACCACUGACUUCCCUGUGACGAUUCUACCCCGACAAGUUUAAAUUAUUACCUAAUGUAAUAGGUACUCGACAUACGACCUGUUUAAUGCAGUGCUAUUUGAUGUGCAUAUUAAUUCAUUAUCAACUGACUUACAGUUACAUAGACAUCAGAAGUGGGGUGGGGUCGGGUGACUUGCUUUGGGGGGGGGGGGGGGGGCUCUGCCCUCCAUUUCUGGAUAAGGGUGGUCAGAAGGAUGAACAACAUAAGAAUUUGAAUUAAUAUUUUGUUUUCUGCUGUGAUGAAUUCUUUGGAAAGUUCACAAGAAGUAGUUUACAAUUUAUUAGUGUUACCAAUACAUGUUAGUACAACUAAAGUUGACCAGUUGCUUAUAUAUUCCAACACCUGGGAGUUAGAGUCUUAUACUAUUGGUAGUUGACAUAUACCUUUGUCAAAUUAAUGCAUUGCUCAGACUACCAACUCCCAGCAGAAAGUUGGCCAGCUUCUGUGACAGUCCAGUUGGUAGUCUGAGCACUCUUGGAACUUGAUUUUCAUCAUAUACGACUUCUAUGAUGGCUGUCAUAUCUGAUUCAAAAAAUUAAUCGGGCCCGACAGUUGUUGCCAGUCUGAGCACACAUUACAACUCAACGUGACACCCAGUUGUUUGUCUGAGCACAUUCACCACUCAAUGCAGCCGUUGAGUAGCCAACUUUCCGCUGGCUGUUGACAGUGAUCCUAGCAUUAAAAUCUGACAGUUGUUCACACACAUACACAAACAAAAGCUUAUACCAGAAAGAAGAUAAUGGAUCUGAUGGCUGAGCUGGUUUACUAGUUGUUUCUCAAAUAGCUUAGUGGUCUCGCUGACAGGUCUGUUUUAGUCUUUAUCUGGGAUCCAAGCUGCUAGACAAAAGUGAUUACAGGUUGUUCUGCACCAUGUUCUCAAUCUGCUUUGACAUAUCUGGGUCAUGUCAUAUCAACUAAGAAAGAUCAUGUUUCUUUAAGGGUGUGUUUUUAUUUUUUGUUUUUUUGUAUUGUACUCUUAUAUAACUCAUCAUGAACAAUUAUUUGGUAUACAUUUUAUUAGAAAACAUUGGAACAAAAUAUUAAAAUAUUCAGUUGUAUUAUUCUUGUUAAAUCAAGCUAUUAACAUCAGGGCUUUAAAUAUUUUCUUUGUAAAUUGCUUCUGUUAGCAGAGGCAUGUUAGCCUCUUUGUUCAAGUUAUUUAAUCUAGUGGUAUGUGGACACUAAUGGGGUUUCUGGCCCCUUAAAGGGAUCAUGAAGGUUGUCACAGUCACUGGUAGAGACUGCUGGGUUUUCUUUUAAAACUGCUUGGUAAUAUACUUGUAAAUAAAAGUAAUAGGAAUAUUGGUCUGAACAAAGUGUACGAAACAAACAUUCGGUCACACUGUGCAAUAAAUUGGAUGUCCAUUUAAAAUUUUCGAGUAUAUUAUGGUGCAUUUAAUACAAGAAAAUAUAUUUAAGACUGAAAUUACUAUGAUUUUGUUGCAGUCUAAAGUGCAGAAAAUGUAAUUAUAUCAUAAAAUAAACCAAACCGUGAAUGUUGUGUGGUUGAUUUCUUAAAUUUUACACCACACACAGCACAGACAUUCCACUGCUAUUAGAGUUGUCACCAAAUAUCACCAAAUAUUAUCAUGUCAUCUUUGCAUAUUAUAUUAAUAUUACUUCAUAUGUAAAAAUACUGUGCUAUAGCUAGAAUUCAGUGGAGAAGGGUUGCACAGAAGUGUUACCAGCUAUAGCAUUUCAUUAUUGAAAAUUGUGCAUGACAGCAGGCUAAAAAUGCUUUAAUAUAUAAUACAGUGAGACCACGAUAAUCCGGACUCCAGUUGUGUGAAAAGCCUGCCUUACGGUCAGCCGAAAUACAAAACAAACUCUACACACUGUAAAUGUGUUUGUGAAUUCGCAUAUUCAGCUUUUAGAACCAGACGGCCAUUAUCCAAAACAAAGUGUAAAAAAUUAAUACAAUUUGCUUCACUUGACUGGUGGUAAUUACUUACAGCUGAUCAUACAAAAGACUAAUUUGCUCCGAGGUGACUCAGGUAUGGCCAGUAAACACCAGGAGAAAAAAAACUAAAUAGCAACAAAAGGUCUCACACCUCUAAGUAUGUUUAGAUGUAGAUCCUGUUUGAUAGUUUUGCUUCAAUGUGGGAGAGCCAGGGUUCACUGAUAUAGGUUACUGUUUUGUUAACAUUCAUAAAAUGUAAUUAAUAAAAUUAAGAUUAACAGUCACUGGUAAAACAUUUGUUCAUCUCCCCCAUCUGAUCCUGAAUAAAGCUAAGUCUUGCCCUGCAAUAGCAGGUAUAAAAACAAUGACUUAUGUACAUGUAUAAACACCUAUAUUUAUCACGUUAUUAAGAAUACACUGCUAUUUAGGAAAUAAUGGGACUAAGGAAUAAAUACUUUUAAUAAAUUUGGUCCAACAUUUUAAUGCACAACUGAAGGCAAUAACCACUUUGCAAAAUUAGAGGUUAAACUUGACAACUAAAAUUGUAUUUAUUUAAAGAUUGUCUAUGAUUUCUUUUACAUUCAUUGGGUAUGAACAAAAAAAUCAUCCACAAACUGAAUUGGCAAAGCCGUUCUCACAUAAGUUUGCAGAUGAUUUC